UGUAGUCAACUGUACAAGUGACACGGCACCACCGAUCAACAGGGGUCUUAUUGUUCAAAAUUCUACCGUGUUCAAUGCAUCUGAUGGAGUCCAGGCAGGAACGAUGUACACGUGCACAGUACUGUAUAAUAACAUGGGCGACUUCAGUGCAUCUAGCUGGCCGGUUACUGUUACAACAUUGCAGGAAACGGAGGAGAUAGACGUGAACAGCAUGCAAGUCCCCAUUAGUUAUUAUGAUUUCAGCAUCACUCAUCCUGACUUCGACGGUCGACGACAAGGAGACUUGUCAGACCCAACAUAUGUGGUCAACCCGUUUGGAGGAUAUCUGUCUAUGUCAGAUGACCCAACGCUGGAUUCUUUCGCACGAUGGUUUCUCUCUGUUCCCGGUGACAACUAUAUACGGGAAAAGACUCUGGUUCUGAAGCAACAAAAUGGCACUAACACAUACAGAUACACCAAUGACGAUUUCUUCCCCGUGGACGGAUUUGGUUAUGGCUUUGAGGGACAACGAGACUGCAAUGGCACUCUGCAUAAUUUUGGUUUCACGGCAGCUAUUAGAGCAGCACUAACCUACCGUGGGAACGAGAUCAUCACCGUGGGUGGUGGGGACGAGCUCUGGCUCUUCAUUGAUAGGGAGAGAGUGAUCGACCUGCGAAGAGAAAAAGGCGACAAGUCGGAAACAACGUCAUGUAGAAGGCUAAAGCUACAGGAUUCUAGAAGCGAAGGGGGUGUGAGUGCUGUCCUUGUGCCAGGGACCGUCACUGAUGGGGAAUGUGUGAUACAUGGCAACGUGACCAACGACACAGCAAAACUGGAUCUCACGACAGGAAAUGCCUACCACCUGGACAUUUUCGUAGCCGAACGAGAGCCCUGCACAUCUUCACUCUUUCUUGAAGUCCAGGGAGUGGUUUUGUCCUUCCCAGUGGUUGACCUUUCUGCAGACGUUGGCAGCGUUUUCACUGCAAGGGCACUAAAUGUCUCCAAUGGAACAACUGAUUCACCAACAGUAACGCCAGAAGAAAGUAAUAACAUAAAUACGUUUUAG